UAUGUCUAAAGGACUACAUAAUGUAUUCAAUAUCUGACCCUUCAAAAUCUUUCUUUAUCGAUACGACAAGUUGGUACCAGAAGAAAUAGAUUCUUUCUUCCACCAAAAAAGUGUUAUUGACCAUCUCGUUAAUUUCCUGAGGGAGUGAUACUAUUUAUAUUUGUCGGCACUUUUGGUGGUGAAGAAAGAUUAAAGGGAAUUAAAUUGGUCGUUGUGAUUUUGGUUUGCGUUCACGGAACAUUGGUCAAAUCACAGGAAAAGUUUCGUCAAGGGAAAUUUCUGAUUCUCAACUGCUUCAGUGAUCCCCUCAAGCCUUUUAGAAGCCUGUAGCAGUUCCGUCCUUCCAGGUCUUGUAUUGGGUUAAGAAAGAAAGAAAGAAAAAAGAGAGAAUUGGGAAACAGAGAGAGAGAGCUGUGUUAUUUCUUCAAAAUUGAUGUUCUUAUUUUGUUUUUUGAAAUGAAUCAUUCUGGGUCAGCCUCUGAGCAGAGUCAGAGAGGAGCAGUUGAAGUCGUAAAAGACAAGCAUGGAAUUCAACAGGUUGUGCUUCAGAAUCAUAGAGGAGCUUCGGUUCGGGUGAGCUUGUAUGGAGGCCAGGUUCUUUCAUGGAGGAAUGACCGAGGUGAAGAAUUAUUAUUCACUAGUAGUAAGGCAAUUUUUAAGCCACCAAAAGCAGUACGAGGAGGAAUUCCAAUUUGUUUUCCACAGUUUGGAAACCGUGGAUCCCUCGAGCAACAUGGUUUUGCAAGGAAUAAGGUUUGGGUCAUUGACAAGAAUCCUCCACCUCUGCAUCCUAAUGAUUCUAUUGGAAAAGCUUAUAUUGACUUGCUACUUAAACCAUCUGAAGAAGAUUUGAAGAUUUGGCCGCAUAGUUUCGAGUUUCGUCUUAGGGUCUCUUUGGCUGCAGAUGGGUAUCUAACCUUGAUAUCACGCAUCAGAAAUAUCAAUUGCAAGCCUUUCAGUUUCUCUUUUGCUUACCAUACAUAUCUGUCCAUUUCUGAUAUCAGUGAAGUGAGGAUUGAAGGCUUGGAGACUCUUGACUAUCUUGACAACCUAUGUCAAAAAGAGCGCUUCACUGAGCAAGGUGAUGCCUUAACGUUUGAGGCUGAGGUGGAUCGGGUUUAUCUUAGCUCUUCAGAUGUGGUAGCUGUUUUUGAUCAUGAAAGAAAGAGGACAUUCAUCGUACGAAAGGAGGGACUUCCAGAUGUUGUGGUAUGGAAUCCAUGGGAGAAGAAAUCUAAAUCGAUGGUAGAUUUUGGAGAUGAAGAAUACAAACAAAUGCUGUGUGUUAAUGGAGCAGCAGUAGAGAAGCCGAUUACCUUGAAGCCGGGUGAGGAAUGGACAGGGAGGUUGGAACUCUCUGUUGUUCCUUCAAGUUAAUGCAAAUGAACUGGCUCUUGAUCCUAAGGAAUUUCUGACAGUACAGUUCUUCCACGUUGAAGGCAAACCAUAAAUAUAUAUAUAUAUAUAUAUAUACACACUAAUAAAAAACCAUGAGAAGCUGGAUUUUUUGUGCUGCUUAAUCUUAACUGUAUUUUCAAAUGUACAAGUUGUUGAAUAAGGGCAAGUUCACCAAAGACCUUUGGUAAGCAGUGGGCUUACUAUUUGUUUAAUUGAAAAUGGAGAUGCAUUUUAGAUUUCUCCAUUGUUGCUGUGAUGUAAAAUGUACUUGGAUUUUCAAGUCCACCUACAAAUUUGUAUAUUCA